CAUUGAUGGAGAGACACACAAUGCUAUCUGCUCCACCCUUUUCCUCCCCUCCACACAGCCCCGGACAACUCACGCUCCUACCCACCACACAGCCCCCAGGCACCUCUGCUCUGCUGCGGCCUCCUCCACUCCUCCAACCCCGAUCCGUCGCCGAGUUUUGUCAUCUCCGCCGCCCCAUCCAGCCGCCAACUCUGCCACCGCAUAUGCCCAUGUCCGCCAACGGUGUUUGACAUACAAGAACAGACCAAGAAGAGAGAGAGGCGAAAGCCACCUUUCGGGCCAUGGACCUCGCCACGGCGGCCAUGCACUCCCUCCUCCCUAAGCUGUUCGAGCUCCUCCACGGAGAAUACAAGCUGCACAAGGCCCUGAAGAAAGACGUAGAAUUUCUCGAGAGGGAGAUGAGGAGCAUAGACGCCGCCCUCCGCAAAGUGGCCAUGGUGCCGCGUGACAAGCUCGACGAUAACUCCAAGAUCUGGGCCAAUCAAGUCAGGGAGCUGUCAUACGAGAUGGAGGAUCUCGUUGAAAGCUUCCUGGUGGGCGUCCAGGGCGUCGAUCCCGCCGCUAACCCACACGGUUUCAGAGGGUUCGUGAGGAAGGUGGCUAACUUGUUCACGAAAGGCAAGGCGCGCCACCAGAUCGCCGAUGCAAUCAAAGCCGUCAAGGACCAGGUCCAGCAGGUGGCGGAUCGACGCGACCGGUACAAGAUUGAUGAUGUUGAGGCAAGUCUAGCUGCUACAACCAUGGUUGAACCUGUGGACCCUCGCCUGAUGGUUCAGUUCAAAGAUCACAGAGAGCUUGUUGGCAUCGAGGAGCCAAGAGACGAGCUAAUCAAGAGGCUGGCAGAUGAAGAUGAUUGUGUGUCCAAGGCCAAGCAGCAGCUCAAGAUCCUCUCCAUCUUCGGAUUUGGAGGACUUGGCAAGACAACUCUUGCCAAAGCAGUUUACGACAAGAUACAAGCAGAAUUUGAAUGCAAGGCUUUUUAUUCAGUUGGUCAAAAUCCUAAUCUGAAGAAUGUUCUCCUAGGUAUUCUCCUCCGAAUUGACAAAGCCUCUUGUCACAAUGUUACACUGCUAGAUGAGGUGCUGCUCAUUGAGAAACUCCGAGAACUGCUUACCAACAAGAGGUACCUCAUCAUUAUUGAUGAUAUAUGGGAUAUGAGUUCAUGGCAUAUAAUCAAAUGUGCUUUUACUGAUAGUCAGUGUGGGAGCAGAGUAAUCACAACUACUCGUAUCUUCGAAGUGGCAAAAGAGGCAGGUGACAUUUACAAGCAAGAACCUCUUUCUCCUGGUAGAUCGAAAGAAUUGUUCUGUAUGAGAUUAUCUAUUGGCAAAAGAAAAAGCACUUAUCAUGAAUCGGUUAAGAUAUCUGAAAAGAUACUCCAGAAAUGUGGUGGCAUACCGCUAGCUAUCAUUACAAUAGCUAGCUUGUUGGCUAGUAAACCAGUAACAGAUUGGCCUGGCGUCUAUGACUCAAUUGGUUUUGGGAAUGAAGAUAACAAAGAAGUGGAUACCACAAGAAAGAUAUUGCUAUAUAGCUACUAUGAUCUUCCAUAUUAUCCACGGCUUUGCCUAUUGCACCUAGGCAUAUACCCCGAAGAUUUUGAGAUAAAAAAGGACACUUUAAUUUGGAAGUGGGUGGCUGAAGGAUAUGUCCAUGAGGAACCAGGAAAAGGAUUAUUCGAGGUUGGAGAGAGAUACUUCAACAUGCUCAUAGAUAGAAGCAUGAUCCAGGCAGUGGAGAGGCCAUAUUAUAGCAUCAUAUAUGCUUGUCGUGUGCAUGAUUUGGUACUUGAUAUGAUUCAUUUUCUUUCAGAAGACGAAAGUUUUGUUACUGCAUCAAACAGUAACAGGACAUCUCCGCGAACCACUGCUCGUAGGUUAGCCAUAAAUAAUGAAGUCGUAGAGCAGGAUGGAUUUGUGGCAAACGCGAGCAUGCAGCAGGUUAGAUUAUAUAGUGCCACCAUGUGUCACUUUAGUGUGUUUCCAUUGCUUUCAAACUUUAAAGCUCUACGUGUGUUGGCUUUAGAAGAGUGCACUUUCAUGGGAAGUGAGCGCUCUCUGAAGCCGGAAGAUUCUCCUUAUCAUCUUAAUCAUCUUGGGAGGCUGAUUCACCUGAGGUACCUUGGGAUCUCGGACCGGCUGGUUGGGUUCUUUGUGCCUGGGGUCUCCGUGUCGCUUAUCUUAGAGGUCCCUGAAGAAAUAGGGGAUCUAAGGUUUUUGCAGGUACUGGACUUGGGCAGAACUGGCAUUAAAAAACUGCCUCAAAGUGUUGGUCGGCUAACACAACUGAAGUGCCUGCGCUUUGGCGGUUCUAGUGUGGAAGUGUUGGACUGCACGAAUUUAACAUCCCUGGAAGAGCUACAGUUGCACCUUGUCUCUCCACAUUUUCUGAAAGGGCUUGCCAAGCUGAAGGAGUUGAGAAAGAUUAGCCUACACUUUGAAGAGGAGCAUGAUAAUAUGUUGUUCAAAGAUUUGAUGGGACAUAUUGCCAAUCUCCAAAAACUUAAAGUCAUAAUGUUUAAUUGUAUGCGUCGACCGCAUCCUAAGCCAUGGUCCAAUUACGCUGGCUCUGUGGCCCUUGGGCACCUCCGUCAUCUGACAGUGAAUGGCCUGCUUCCUGGACUGCCAGUGUGGAUUAAUUCCUCAUGCCUCCCGAACCUCUGCCACUUGCAUAUGGAACUGACGGCUAUGAAAUCGCAGGAUAUAGAGAUCCUCGGGAGGUUCUCAGAGCUCAUUACUCUGACCAUUCUUCUCGAUGAUUACAUGGUUUUUCCUAACGCCAUGGAGGAGGGUGCAUUCCCCAAGUUGAGAUACUUGGAACUGAAGAAUUCUAACCAACCCAGAUUUGUACAGGGAGCAAUGUCCAACCUUGAGUGUUUUAGGUUAAUAAUCAGCCUGGUAGAGACAAAUGGCUGGGACUUCCAUUGCCUGGUGAACCUCCCUCGUCUUGAGAAAGUUGAUGCUGAAAUCCUAGGCAACACUGGCAUGGGUAUCAACGAGUUGCAGGCACAUGAGUGGUUGAAGCAGGCACAUGCGUCAUUGAAGCAUGCAGUUGAUAUCCAUCCCAACCAUCCUGCACUAAAGGUUUGGUCGGCCCACACUCCACAGAGUCGUCAACAACUCCCCUCACUACCGUGUAUCUGUGGCCUUCUUCUAUGAGUCGAACUUCGACGCUGCGGUGGAGCCCGUGGAGUUCUGCUACCAGAAGGUGGUGUAUGGGAGCACUUGGUGCAGAAAGUGCUCACCAACUUCGUCAAAUCAGCCUCCUUUCUGUUGGGACAAACUAACUGUCCCGGCAGCACAUGAGAAUUUCCUCUCAUGUGACUUUCCCCCUUUGCGUGCGUUUUUACCCUCUCAAGCGGUUCACAAUCCUUCAGAGCGAAAUGAGAUGAAGAUAAGCACAAGAAAAAAAGGCGCGCAUACGUGCCAGUGAGAUACCGAGAAUUCAGACAACGUCCAAUUCCAUCUUCUUUGUUGGGGACCGGCAGAUGUGCUUUGGCCGCGGUACAGCUACGGACUACGGUAGGUGGCAUUCGUGCUCCAGACAAGGUACAGUUGUUACUGGGGUAUGUAAGUGAUCUCUGAAUCUAACAGCACAAACAGUUGUUCCUGACCUACAAACAGUUGGUAGGGACAUAUUCCUGUCAAUCCAAUGCUUUAUGACCUAAUAGAAUUACUAAUAAUUAUCUCAAAAAAUUAAAUUGUUCUGGUUGGGGCGCGCCUGCCUGGGCUGUAUUGCAACGCCCAAACGACACCUGAGGGACCCAAUGGCAAGCCAUUGUGGUGGUCCCUCCCCCACAAAAAAUAAAUUUAAUAUCGUUGUGGGCACAUGGCCCACAUAUCAGAUAUUAAACUGAUAAGAACAGAUACUACACUUGAUCUUAGCCAAAAGGCCGAGAAAGGUAUGAGUUGCAAAUUUGCCCUGGCCCUUUAUUUGUAGCCUCCUCGCCCUCCCGUCCCUUUCUAGCUGAGCGAGGUGGUACUAAACGAACGAGUUGCUCCUCGGCUUGCAACCGAGCCAGCCUCUUGCGGCCUGAUUUGCUACCUGCCAUGCUGUUUUUGCGAUCGAGUUGGCGAACGCCACGGAGUGGCAGCCUGCGGAG